AUGGUCCAAAACCAGACCUUAGGUUUUCAAGAAAUAUAUAUGAUCUCGCUCCCGGAAAGGACGGAUAAGCGAGACGCUUUUGCUUUACAGGCAGCGUUUUCUGGAAUCUCCUAUACAGUCGUGGAUGGAGUGCAUGGUGACGAAGUUCCCUCACACGCUUUACCAAAUACGAUGGAUCAACGAUCUAAUGUCGUUGGGUGUUGGCGUGCUCACGUCAACGUCUUGCAGAGGAUGGUGCGCGAGGGCGUUUCCACCGCCUUAAUCUUCGAAGACGAUGCCGACUGGGAUGUGGCUCUCAAACACCAGCUGGUGCAAUUUGCUCGGGGCUCGAGAUUCAUCCUAAGCGCGCCCGGGGAGGAACUCGCCACUCUUUCUCCCUACGGAGAUGACUGGGACAUAUUAUGGUUAGGGCAUUGUGGAACUUCAAUUCUACCCGACGAACACCGCCGCUUUUUCGUCAUACCCAAUGAUCCCACGGUGGAACCGCCCCAUCUCCGCCAGGAGAAUUACCACGAGCCCAACACGAGUCACUGGCGGACUGGGCCUGACGGUGGCAGCCGAACAAGGAUAGUCUUCCGCUCAGGAAACGCGGCAUGUACGGCGGCAUACGCUAUCUCUCAGAAGGGUGCCAAGAAAGCCCUCUAUUACCUAUCCAUGGUCCCAUAUAAUGAUCCUAUCGACCUGAGGCUCGCCGCCCUUUGCAAAUCGAAAGUCAAGUGUAUCUCGCCUUGGCCUCAACUGGUCGGUGUCUCUUGGCCGACCGGAAACGCGGCCAAGUGGAGUGACAUUGGCUACGGUCCCGAUUCGGAGGCGACUGUCCAGGAAGGGAAAUCGCUCCAUCUGAUGUACUCGGUCCGGCAGAAUCUACCAAAUAUGCUCGAAGGGCAGACGGUCUUUGACAGCCAAUACCCUCGUAUUGCACCCCCGAUGAGUAUAGAGGAUCUGGGAAGCGCCACCGGUUACCCUGAGACCCUAGAACCUGGCGACUUUCUCUCUCCGCCGAAGGAUAAGACCGUUGGAAGUGACUAA